AUGUACGACCGUCUCAAACUCCUCGUCUUUGUGGUCUUUUUAUGCACGGGCGUGUACCCUUACCCUUUGCACAACGCCGACGAUCCGGACAAAACCAACGUCGCACCGCCCUUGCCGCCCCAGCCGCACCAUAAUGAUGAAACUGUCGGGACGAGCAACAACGACCAUGGUAACUUGAUCGCCCCGUCGGAUGCCGUUUCGCCACAGCAGCCCACCGUCAACAACGACGAUAGUUCACCAGCGACCGACCGUGAAGGACAGCAACACGAGGCCGCCGAGACCACUAUUCGAACCCCAGGGGGCAGAAACCAAGAUCGUGCGCGGAACGACGGUGCAGCAAAUGGCACCAAACCCGAAUUGAAUGAUGUGUUAUUCCGGUGUGUCUGCGUUCUUGCAGUCGUCGCUGUCUACCUAAUGCUUCGUGGCGUUAAUUGGAGGGAUGAGUGCUGUAGCCAAGGGAUGAAAAUUCGUCUUCGGCCGCUGAUCCUCAUCAGCAUCCUCUACAUCCAGCUCACCCGGAGCCCUACGCGGGCUGUCGAACACGGCGACGACGAGGCUGUGCCAGACGAGGCUUUCGGUGCUCCGCCAGACAGGAUUUCACCAGAACGCACACUUCCAAAGGACGGUCUGCGUUCAAGCACGGCCGACGAGGAAUCUCCUGAAGAUUCACCGCCAGUCAACGCUGCUACAGAACCUCAGAAGCCAGUCAUCGCCCCGCCAGAUGUUGUCCACCCCGGCGGUGAUGACUCCAAGGAGUCGCGGAGGACCGCUCGGUCCACACCGGACCCAGAGAGGCCAGAAGCCGUCGUCGCAACCGACGAGCCGUUCGAGCUCUGGGAGUGGCUGCGCGGACUUUGGGAAGCUUUGCUUUCGUGCCUAUCAUCAAGCCCCGACGUGAUGCCAACGGAGGCACCACCUGAGGAUCCAUCAUCUUUUACCCGAAUCCUGAACACCAUCAAGACGUCGGCCCCGUUCUGGCAGUGCAUUUCUGCCGUGCUCUUCUGCCUGUCGCUGUUUCUGUUCUACAAAAACGAUACAACCAACCGAGAGCUGCGUGCCAUCAAGGCUGAAGGCGCGUCGGCCAUUGAACUUCGUCGUGUCCGGGUCGGGUCUAACGUACCGGAUCCUGAUGAGGGCCUGCCGUUGACCAAUGAAUCUUCGACG